AUGGCACGGCCCCUUUUGGAUGAGAGCACAAUAGCGGGACUAGCAAGUGUACGUGUGGGUGAUAUGGAGCACUACCUGCGCACUUUCUGUCGCAUACAGAACCUGAUCACUUUCGGGAAGCCGCUGAUGCUUAAUCAAUGGACGAAUCAAGGCGGAGACCCAGCUACUAGUUCCUUUGUCAUUUGCUUAAACGGCGAUAGCCCUAUCGAAUGCUAUGUGGAGUUCGAAAUCAUGGACCAGAAUAACUCCUUAUCUAUCAAAAUCAAGAAUUGCAAACAAGAAUGGCUAAUGGAGUGGAAUGAACAUUACGACAAAGUUGGAACUAUAGGUCUGCCAAUUAACGUGGUUAUCCAAAAAGCCAUAGACGAAAAGCUGAUUCUCUGUCUGCGGCAGCUAGCAGCAAAAUGUGAGUCAUUCACCUUCCGUGGUAGCAACAUUGUGUUCACAUUCAUUUCAGAUGGGGCUAAUUUGAUGAGUAUUGAUUUGGAAGAUAUAACCCACCCGAAUCUAUCGAUAAUUCACGGCUUGAUAACGUACAGCUUGGAGACCAAGGCAACAAAAAUUUUGUCGCCUAUCAACCGUUUGCUGAUACCGGCAGGGUCGGAGGAGCCUGGUGAGAUUGUAUUAGAGGGACAUCCGGAAGCGAUUUUGUCAUGUAAUGCUGCGGCACCGAUGACCGUGCGCAGCCAUAGUUUCAGUGGCCCUGUUGGCCUUCAGGAAUGUCUUCAAGCCGUGAUGAAUUCCGGGCCUUAA